UUCCUUCAAAAUCACACAAAGCCCCAAACCCUUUCUUAAUCUCCAUUGUGUUUUAUAGAAACCAUGGCGUCUCAGCUGAUCGAGACAAACAGAGAGAAUGCAGAAACAUACACCGGAGAUGAAAUAUGUAAGGCGAAGACUUUAGAGUUGCUAGAUGAGAUAUCAUUACCAAAUGGUUUGUUACCGUUAGAAGAUAUAAUCGAAGUCGGAUGUAACCGAGCAACUGGAUUUGUUUGGCUGAGACAGAAAAAGAAGAAAGAACAUUACUUCAAGAGUAUCGGUAAGCCUGUAUCUUAUGCUGCGGAAGUAACAGCAUUUGUUGAGAAACACAGGAUGAAGAAAAUAACUGGUGUUAAGAGUAAAGAUACAAUGUUAUGGGUUACUCUUUCUGAUAUUUAUAUUGAUAAUCCUAGUAGUGGUAAGAUUGUUUGUAAAACACCUUUUGGACUUUCUCGAACUUUUCCUGUUUCAGCAUUUGUAAACGAAGAAACUGAAGAAGAGAAGAAAAGGAAGAAGGAACGAGCAGAAGUAGAAGAGAAGAAGAAGCAAGAAGAAGUAGAAGAAGAAGAAGAGGAGAAGAAGCAAGAAGAAGUGGCAUUUACUCAAGGAGUUAAUAAGCAGCAAAAGGACUAUGUGAUGGGUGCCCAUCACAAUGUGAAUUGUGAAGUAGAUUUUUCUUUGGAAAUAGAUAUAGAGUGA